CUGGACAAUCAGACUCACCUCGUCGUAGUCCUCACCUUGCCCCAUAGCAACUCCUCAACACCGGAGUGCGCUACUUCGUACUCAAACGUCAAGCCAGUACGCCCGGCUCUCUUCUCCUUUACCUCGAUAUCACUGCCAUCUUGCUCAGAGUCUUCGUACUGCCCUAGCGCUGUCCUGUCCGCCCUUACAUAGAUUGAGUACACCUUCGUCAUGUCCUUCUUCAAAUCAAUGGGACGGUCUGGGCGGCCAAAGAAGUCUCCCACGCUACCGGGCGCCGACUUUGGCGUCUUUCCUCAGAAUUACCAGCAACAGCAUUCCCAGCAACAAGCACUCAGCCCCACUGGCAAGCCCUUGUACCUCUGCAACCCUUUCCUCAGGUCAGCCCUCGUGAAGGGAAGCUUCAAGACGAUUGUGACGCUGCCGAAGUAUGUCGAGCCAAGGGAAUGGGUGGCCGUCAACCUCUUCGACUUCUUCAAUAACCUCAAUCAAUUCUACGGUGUGCUGACGGAAUUCUGUACAAUUCAGAACAACCCAACAAUGUCAGCAGGAGUCGGACUGGACUACACAUGGAUCGAUCAGAAUCGAAAGCAGGUCAAGCUACCCGCGCCUCAAUACAUUGACUAUGUCAUGACAUGGGUCGGUGGACUGCUGACCGACGAGGCCACCUUCCCGACCAAAGCUUCGCGAGACUUCCCGCCGACGUUCCUCACGACGGCCAAGCACGUUUACAAGCAACUUCUCAGGGUCUUUGCGCACAUUUACCAUGCGCAGUUUCCCUACCUCAUCCACCUCUGCUGCGAAGGUCACUUCAAUUCCCUCUUUGCGCACUUCAUCGCCUUUGGUGCCGAGUUCGAGCUCUUCAGCUUCCAGGAGUUCAAGAACUCUGGUAAUUCUACCGGAGGCGGAUACCCUGGUGUGUGCGACCUGAUCGAGGCGUGGGUUCAAAUGGGCAUUCUGGAAGACAAAUGCCUCAAGUAGAGGGGCUGAAGGCGGGGAGG